AUGAAGACAGGAGAUUUCUACCCGUAUUCAACUAUGGAAGAGAGCAAGCAACGAAAGAUUACAAAGAGAGAAGAUAAAUUUAGAAGAAGAAAUAAAGAUACCUACCACGGGGAGAAACCCUAUUAUAUCGAGCCAGACCCAUCGGAAGUACAACAAGAGGAGAGGAUACCAAGCUGUUAUAAAAAGUUCCAUAUGAAUACUAUUUCCAAACUCAGUAACAAGAAACAUGAAGAUCGCAGCACAAGAAGUAGAUAUUUUGCUCGUGAUUCUACUGUUGAUCUGAAGACGGUCAUUGCUGACGGAAAUCGGGAAUCUAAGGACCCAACAGUAGACGGAAAAAUAAAAAUUUAUCCUUGGUCGGUUCCUGAAAGAGUCUAUACAGAAUUUGUCGCAGAGUUAGUUGUAAUUUUAACAUUUUAUUUGUACACUCGAGUCAGGAGAAAGCACAAAGGAUUCUGUAAAAUUACAAUUUCAGGUUUCGCCAGAAGGAGGGGCUCCGUAGAGGGCCGUCCUGCUCCACUAAGAUUCAAGAGAGAGAGCCCUAAAGCAGAUACUAGUUUUGAGAACAUAGGCAAGCAAAUACACAGUCUACUCUCUUCCUUACCGUCCCUAGGCAAGCCUUCAUUCGACGACAUUGAGAAACUGGGAGAGAGGUUUGCAGAUUUAGGCCACGGAACCUACCACAGGGGCAGCUUUCUAGCGACGUCUUCGGACGGCGAGGGGGUACUAUCACACGAGGAGGUCUCGGGAGAAACGGGCUCGUCACCUCACAGGACGUCAGGUACCUACUUCUUCGACCGGAAGGGAGGACUCUCCGGCUUCAGCUGCUACGAUGAAAAGUGCAAGAAGGAGCGUCUGAAGGAGCGCAGGCGGCGAGCCGCUGCGGAUCGCAACGGUUACCUCACCGGCAAGGCUGUGCAGUCAGAACUGCUGAACAACGUGCUGAACACCCUGCAGGCUCUGAGCAUGAAACUGCAGGAGCUGCAGAACAGGCUCGCACAAACGCUGCAGAGUGCCACCGCCGGCUUCCCCGUCCACCAUCCAGCAGGGAGUCCGCCGACAGUUCACGCGCCCGAUUCCUCCUCGUCGCAGUUCUCGGGCGCUGCAGCGGGAGGCUCCAUCAUAACUGCGGGUGGAGGCGCGCCCGUACAGGGAGAGUUCCACGGAAGCUCCAUUUCGUCGUCUACUUCUCCCGGCGGGGGGACGAUAGUGUCUCACAAGGAGGUGGUUGACCGUCUGGGAUCUCCGGCGCACACGUCCUCGGGGACGUACCUGGUUAAUCCGCAAGGGGAAGUGAGUGGCGUCUCUUGCACUGAUGGCAAGUGCCACAAGGUGGGCGACAAGAGCGGCGGACAGGCAUCAGGACCGCCCCCGGCAGCUGCAGCUGUACCACUGGCUGACCGCGGAGGACAACCCUCGGUCAACAGACCUGAAACGCACUAUUCCUCCACUUCUUUUGCUGUAGACCCAGCUGGACAUGUCUCUGGCGUGUCGUGCGUCGAUGGCAAGUGCAAGACCACACGAGACGAGAGACAGUAGGUGCCGAUUCAUCAGCCCAUAUGAUGUCGGUCCACCAGGGCUCAGCUCUCCAUCCACAUUCGUAGUUAAGACAAACAGAGACCCGGGAGUUUCAUUCAAUUACCGCAUGUUAGCUGGUGAAAGUAAGCCGCCGAGUCACAUUCUUACGAUCAUCUUCUAGUAUUCGGAGUAACUGGCGUCUGCAGCUCACACAGCGUUUGCACGACCAGUCAGGUAAUGAAACUUCCUGGCAGAUUAAAACCGUUUGCCGGACCCAGUCUCGAACUCGGGACCUUUGCCUUUCUCGGGCAAGUGCUCUACCAUCUGAGUUACCCAAGCACGACUCACGAUCGCCCUCACAGCUUUACUUCCGCCAGAACCUCGUCUCCUACUUUCCAAAGUUCACAGAAGCGGGUCGUGAGUCGUGCUUGUGUAGCUCAGAUGGUAGAGCACUCUCCCGCAAAAGGCAAAGGUCCCAAAUUCGAGUCUCGGUCCGGCACACAGUUUUAAUCUGCCAGGAAGUUUCAAAUCAGUGCACACUCCGCUGCAGAGUGAAAAUUUAAUUCAGUAAGGUAAUGCUGAUAGGACUGCACUGGUUUGUGGAACUAUGCUGUGUAGCAAC